AUUUCUUACAAUACACCGUUUCAACCGUCAUCAAAAUAAAGAAUAUGCACGUUAUGGAAAAUCAAGUUUCACUUCCAAUUCUUCUUAACUUUUUGAUUUAUAAUGUUUUUUAUUGAUUCAUAAAUCAUGGAUGUUGACAACGAUCUUGAUGGACAACUUUUGCAGCAGUUCAGUUCCUUAGGAACGACUGAUAAAGAAGUUUUGAUUGCAGAGUUUCAAAAAUUGCUGGGAAAUCAGUUAAAUCCAGCAGGAUGUGCAUUUUUUCUUGACAUGAACAAUUGGAAUUUACAAGCUGCCAUUUGUUCAUACUAUGACUUUGAUCAACCAAGUGUAAAACUUCCAGAGUUGGCUUUUAUAAGUGAUGUCACAAUAGGUGAUGGUGAAGCAGUACCACCAAAUACAACAUUCACCAAAACUUGGCGGGUAGCAAACUCUGGGGACGAGCCCUGGCCUGCAGGUUGCCAGCUAAGAUACUGCUCAGGGGAAAACUUAUCCAAUGCCGACCGAGCUGUACUUGAUACUUUAAAUCCUAAAGAGACGGCUGACAUAAGUGUACAAAUGCACUCACCAUCAACUCCAGGUGUAUAUCAGAGUCAAUGGAGAAUGUGUACAUCUACAGGAAUGUACUUUGGAGAGCCUAUAUGGGUAAUCAUAACAGUAGCGGAAGGUGGAGUAUUAGCUGUAACUCAGCAAUUGUCGCGAUUCGGAAAUGACUUUGUACGAAACCCCGCACCACAAAAUAUACCCAAUCCAUUUGCAUCACCCACAAAAUCUACAACAAAUUGUGAAAGUGGUGUUCAGAACCCUGCAUUUAUGUCACCAAACAAUUCAAUGGUUGCUCAGCAAGGUAGUCCAUAUACAACCCAACUCAGUCCUAGUCCGGAGCGAACCCAGCACCCUGUAGGGAUGCAGGGUGCCCCAACCAGAUCUCUUUUCCAGGCAGGGGGAGACAGUGGUGAGAAUAGUAACUGUGAUACUUCAUAUUCCCAAGAGGAAAUGUCCUAGCAUAAUGUUCUACAUUCCACGGAUGACACAAGUUGUUAUAUUGUUGUUGUUAUAAUUCUGAUAAAGAGUGUACGCUGCCAUUCCAGCCAAGUUACACACGAUUAUCCUAUGAACUCCAUUUAAAAGUACCAAAAUUCAUGCUACAGCUUGUUUUAAUAUAGAAAUUCAACCAGUGGUUUCAUAAAUCAGUACAGGUGUAGGAUAUGUUUAUAAGAAGGAUAUCUUAAUUUGACAAACUGUUUUAAACUGUCAGAGGGGAUAUUGAAAACUGGAAUAUUUGAUCAGCGUGCAAGACAGGCUUUGACUUGCUGACAAUGAUUAUUUUAAAGAUAGAGAGAAAAAUGCAAUGCACCAAACUUAUAUACUACCAUCAACAUGCUGCUUACAGCUUCUAGCAUUGAAUAUGCCAUUGUUUCUAUGCCUUGUAUGAUGUGAGCGGCCGACUUCUGUCCAAAAUUCCACUAUGAACGAUGACAUAAAGCUGUCGCACUACUGAAAGGGCUAGUUAAAGUGUAGUUUGUAAAGAAGGCAGAAACGGAUUGUAAAAAUUUUCAUCUACACCAACAUGCUACUUACAAAAUUACACACCAAUUUAAUAUUACAUGUUUUUUAAUAGGGCUAUAUUCCUGCAAGUAAUACAUACUAAUAUUUUAGAAUGACUUUAAAAAAAAUUUUUGUAAACAAAUAGUCUAAGUUUAAUGCAAGUUGUUUGACUCUCUUCUAUUUUUAAGGUCUCUUGUUAAAUAUCUUGUAUUAAAAAUUAUUUUGAUGCCUAGGUACAAUGUAAUUAUCAAACAGCUUUAGGAUUGUAUGUUAUCAUGUUAUUUAUUGAAUAGAAAUUUACUUAGUUUUCUCUUUCGCUCUGUUUAAUUUAUAUAUUUUUGAGGAUGAUAAAUCAGUUAGCCAUUACUAUGAUAAAUUGAACAAGAAAUGAUGACCUUUUCCUAAAUGAGUCUGGUGCUUUGCUUAAGGAUGGUGUUUUUAACCAUUAACCUUUUGAACCAAGAGUUUAGCCUUUGUCACUAGUAUAGAACCAGGCCUGCCUGCACAUCAGUGCAAUCAGACCAGACUCUUAUAUUCUAGUCUAGAUGGCUCUAUUCCUGUAUGUUGAUUUUGAAAUCCUGUAAAUGUUGACUGGACUGUCUAAUUCAGCAAAUUAAGCCUUAAAGCAGAACCUUUCUUUUAGCUUGACUAGUCCAGGAUUAGGGAGAGUUAUGGACUCAUGUGGGCAUCGCCAUCACACUUUUGAAAAGUUUUUUGUUUGCAAAUUUGUAUUUCAAAAGUACUGGAGGGAAUGGGUUGAAACUUCACACACUUGUUCUCUGUGAUUCUCUUACUUGAUGGACACAGGUCCCAUAACUCCGAGUUACAUUUUUACAGAGUCAUGCCAUCUUUACUUACUGUCAAGCACUGAGAAUAGUUGGGCAUGUUUUCUCACGGACAGCUCUUGUAUUUUGUAUGGCACCAGUACUGAAUAAAACUGGAAGCAAACUAAGUGAUUUAAAUAUACAUAAAGCUUUUAUUUCCUAUGAUGGUGCUUAAAAAACUUUCAAACUAAAAUGGUCUUUCUAUAAUAUAUUUUGUUUUCCUUUGUCAAAAAAUAUGAUAAACAAGAUCAACAAGGAAAGGCAGUGUUCAAUGAACCCAAGCCAUACAGCAUAUCAAUUUCUUCUUCCUUGUAAAGUUGUAACACAGGUUUCCUCUUCUUUCUUUGUCUUCCAUUUUAAUGUUAUAUCAUUUUUGCUUUAUUUUUUUGUUAAGUUUACAUUUUUGCGGCCAUAUUUAAUCAGAACUCCAGAAGGAAAGAAAUCUGCACUGUUUCUGUUUUACAUGGGAAAUGAAUUGUUUUCAUGUGUGUGAUUUUGUUUGUAAUUUUCCUUUUCGUUGUAUUAUUAAUUAAGACAAAGUGUACUAUAAGAAACUAAUGUGUCAAUAAUUUUCCUUUUCGUUGUAUUAUUAAUUAAGACAAAGUGUACUAAUAGUAACUAAUGUAUCAGCUCUUCCAUUUAAAAACUGAGUCAAUUCUAUCACUAGAAAUUAAUGUAACACAAUUUGAAGAUAUCAACAAAUUCACACAAAAGAUUGACUCCUAUAAUACAUGUGAUAUGUCCAGAUUUCCUUUUUGUUACACUUCUUGGUGUAUGUAAAAGUAGAGGGCAAACAGAUUUUAUGAACUUUUUUUUUUGAUGAAACUUAUAAUACUCUAUGCUUUCAUGUCAAUACAUUUACAUUAUUACAUCUUUUGUAUGUUUUGUAAGUUACAUGCAAACAUUUUCAGAAAUACAAACUGAUCUAGAAUACUUAUUGAGGAAAAUGGGGAGCUAUUGUCAUGACCUUUGUUGUUAGUGUUGUUUGACCUUUUUUGUGAAGUUUUUUUAUUAUGGUCAUUAAGUUGAUCUUCAAUACUAACAAAGCUAUACUAUAUUAAAAAACAUCUUGGAGAGUUCUAUCUGUCACACACCAUUUUCAAGGUCAAAGGGUCACUGGGACCUAUAAUAACAAAACAUAAAUCUUGUCAUUUAAUUAAAGUGUAUUGACCUAGAGUAACUUCAAACUUUGUAUGUAGAUGCAUAUUGAGAUGUCUAACCAGUCAUACUCAUUUUGGAUCUAAAGGUCAAGGACACAUUGACCUUUGUAAGCGUAUAAGUUUUUGUUUGUGAUUAAAAAUUUCAAUUAUGACAUAGAAACUUAUUAUGUGGCCGGCAUCUUAACAAGUGCUGCCUGCCAUGCCCAUUUACAGGUAUAAAGGACCUGUAACUCAAUUUGUUUCUUUAUUUAGAAAGUGAGAAGUUUACUAUCUAGCACUGUGAAAGGUGGAGCAUGUUCGCGGACAGUUCUUGGUAACUUUCUUUCCAUUAACAUGUGCACAUAAUGUUGUAGGAAAAAUAUCAUUCCUAGGAAAAGUUUGUGAAUGAACUUGCUUGCACUAGCACUACUGCACAACAAUGAGUAUGAAAAAGUUGUCAAGAUCAUAUAUUUUGCUAUUAUAAAUUGAAAUAUUUCUAUUUCACCCAAUUUCAAAUGCUUGCUUUUUUGUGGUUUUGGUUGAAACAUUGUUCAAGGACACUAUCAUCAUAUUUAUGAAAUUAGUUCAAGAUUACAUUAUUGGACAAAGCAUCACAGAGCAUAAGUGUAUUCUUUAUGUAAGUUCCUAUGUUGAAGCAGUAAUCUUCCAGUGAAUAGAGAUUUUAUAUAAAAAAUAAAAUUACAUUAAAGUAGGAAAAAUAGUUUGUUAAAUUAGAACUUGUGAAUUAGGAUUCUGCUGCAAGUAAAUGGCUAAGUAUUUUAAGAGCAUGAGCUAAUGAGAGAUGUUUUUGUGUUACUUGUACUUUACAAUGUACAUUUGUACCUGUGUAUUGCAUGGAUAAAAACAUGUUCAAGAUUUCUUUAUUGCUUGCUUGUCUAUAAAAAAAUUGUCAUUUUUUAUAAUACAAAAAAAAAGAAUGUAAAGUUAAAUAAAACUAAAAAAAUUA